AAACUGUUAUCGAUUCGCUCGCAGCACUAUCAGCUGCUAGACUUUUUGCCAUCGUGAGCAAAACUUUCAAUUUAUUUUAAAUUAUAGUAUAAAUAGUAAGACUGACGCCCAGAUCUUGAAGACCAAGCACAAGAAGCAAAGGCAACGCAAUCGACCGCGCAACAAACGAAAUCGCCUGGAAGAUAGCAACCUAACGACCCCGGAGACCUCAACCACCGAUUCUGCCAGUGCAAUGCCCGGAAACAAGGAUGCAGGGGCCACGGAGAAGCCGCGAGAUCAAAUAAUGGCUGAGAGGGAGGCGAAAAAGCUGGCCAAGCAGGCCAAGAAACAGAAUAAGCCAUCUACUCCAGCCACUUCAGCAACUCCAGCAACUCCGGCCACUAAAAUCAUCACCGAAGUGGAGCAGACGACCAUAACCACCAAGCUGACGACCACCACCACCACCAAGGCCCCGGAGAAAGUGAAUUCACUGGCUCCAAAGACAGCUCCAGCAGUUGUGGCCAAUGGCAAGGAGGCGGAGACGGGGGAAAUGUCUCGGGAGAUGAUCAAGGCUGAACGCGAGCUCAGGAAGGCGGCCAAAAAAGCUGGCAAAGGAACAGGAGCCAAAGUGGAGGCCACCACACAACAGUUGGCUGCUCUUAAAGUGGGGGACAAAGCUCCGGGAACAGCUAAAGCUGCACUUCCAGUCACAGAAGAGGACCACGAAAAGAAAAAACCAGUACUCAGCAAGGCAGAGCGACGGGCCGUUCAAGAAGCCCAGCGGGCAGCCAAGGCCCAAGGACAGGUUAAGAAAGGCCAGCCAGCUGGCAAGACUCCAUCCUCCGCCGCUCCUCCCAAGGAAGCCAAGCGGGAAAGCGUCUCUCCCAGCAAAGCAGCCACCGGCAGCAGCUCACCCACCAAAUGUCCAGCGAGCACGCCAAACGGUGAAUGUCGGGUAAAGCUCUUCAAUCACCUGGUUUGCGCCAAGGCAGACAGCCAGUUCAUCAACGAUCCGCUGGUCCAUCCGAGCAUAGCCCGUUUGGGGGUGCAGUAUGCCAAGCGCACGGUGGUCGGGUCCAAUGCCAGAUGCAUCGCCUUCCUGCACGCGCUGCGUCAGGUGGUCCACGACUUCGAGACGCCUGCGAAGAAGGAGUUCGGUCGCAGCCUAGACGCUGCUGUGAAGCACCACGUAGACCACCUGCACAAGUGCCGACCACUGGCUGUGUCCGUGUCCAAUGCUUACAAGCAAUUCAAGAACCAACUAACACAACUACCGGCGGAUGUUCCCGAAACGGAGCUAAAGGAACUACUCGGCCACUUCAUCGACACUUACAUAGAGAAUCAAAUCGGCAAGGCAGCCCAAGCGAUAAGCGGCUUUCUGCAGGAGAAGAUCACCGAUGGCGAUGUGCUGUUGACCUUUGCCUGCUCCUCGCUCAUCCAGUUCAUCUGCGAGGAGGCCAAGCGACGCCAGGUGGCCUUUCGGGUGAUUGUCGUCGACUCGCGACCCGGAUGCGAGGGUCAGGAGAUGCUGCGUCGCCUGCACGCCUACGGCAUCCCAUGCACCUAUGUGCUGAUCAAUGCCGUCGGAUAUGUGAUGGCGGAGGCCACCAAAGUGCUGCUCGGAGCCCACGCUCUGCUGGCCAACGGCUAUGUGAUGGCGCGCACGGGAACUGCCCAGGUGGCCCUGGUGGCCAAUGCCCACAACGUGCCCGUGCUCGUUUGCUGUGAGACGCACAAGUUCAGCGAGCGCUUCCAGACGGACGCCAUCGUCUACAACGAGCUGAGCGAUCCCAACCAGCUGGUGCGCGGCGACAAGUGCCAGCUGAGCAAUUGGAAGGCCAAGGGCAAGCUGAUGCCCCUCAACCUCAGCUACGACAUUACGCCCCCGGAGCUGGUCAGUGCCGUGGUCACCGAAGUGGCCAUCCUGCCCUGCACCAGUGUUCCGGUCAUUCUCCGCAUCAAGCCCGACAUUGGCUACUAAUCGGACUUCUUCGAUCGCUCAGUGGAAACUCGCGCUUGUUGAAUAAAUAGUUUUUAUUACACUUUGAUCAAAUCGAUAAA